UCGACAAUAGUAUUCCCUGCUUAAAGAUGCUGGCCGUAUUGACAUUGAUCCUCAUCGUUCCAUAUGCAUAUGCUGUACAAUGGCCAAAAGGAAGCUAUACACUAGUCAAACCGAAAACAGGAUGCCCAUCUAGGUGGAGGGAAGGAUGGCGAAAGCAAGAUAAUGAAGAUGAACGAAAUUCUAAUGUGAUGCCAUUUGGACAUAAUUUCUACGGUCAAUUUGGACGAGACAUGAGUUUUCAAUAUUGUACCAAGGACGGACAUGCCAUAUCAGGAACUCAACAUUGGCCUAGAGGAAAUUACUGUAUUGUAAGACAAGGAAUAUCCUAUCCACCAGGUAUAUAUAUAUACUAACAUGUUAACCUUAAGAUUACUCAUUAAUAAUAGAUACAUAU